AAUAAAUCACGAUAAACUUGUUUUACUGGAACCGGAAGCAGCGCGGAGUAAGCGCCCUGUCCUCCCCUGUCCUCCCCUGUCUUCCCCCCCUGGAAGCCUCAUUCUGGGCGUGUUGUUUGACAGACCCUCCUGCCAGCUGCAACUCUCCGUCAACUUCACCCACAGCUGUCUCUUUACGGACUGAGGAUGUUUAUGACUAAGAAGUUCAUCAGUGGCCUCAUCAAUGUUGUCAGCAACAUCGACCCGGCCAUGUUCGUGCCGUCUGACCCACCUCCACCUCGCAGGCCCGCGGUGUACGCCGAGCAGCACGAGAGCGACGAGGAGAAACAGUUCCGCAGAGUCUUCCAGCAGCUGGCUGGAGAGGACAUGGAGGUGAGCCCGAACGAGCUGAUGAACAUCCUCAACAAAAUCAUUUCAAAACAUGCAGACCUGCAGACGGACGGCUUCAGCAUCGAGUCGUGCAGGAGCAUGGUGGCAGUCAUGGAUAGUGACAGCACCGGGAAACUCGGCUUCCAUGAAUUCAAAUAUCUGUGGAACAACAUCAAGAAAUGGCAGGGAAUUUACAAGUCGUACGACGCCGACGGUUCUGGAGUCAUUGGCGCAGACGAGCUGCCCGCCGCUUUCAGAGCUGCUGGCUUCCCUCUCAACGACGAGCUCUUCCAGAUGAUCAUUCGCAGAUACAGCGAUGAAAGCGGAAACAUGGACUUCGACAACUACAUCGGCUGCCUCGUGAGGCUGGACGCCAUGUGCCGUGCCUUCAAAACCCUGGAUAAGGACAACAGUGGGACCAUCAAAAUCAACGUUCAGGAGUGGCUCCAGCUGACCAUGUACUCCUGAGUGCAGACCGACUUCCUCCGGCUUGUUUUAUGGAACCACUUUGUCAAUCCCUCACAGUACAAAUCAUUUCCCCUCCAUCAACCCAGCAGCUUCCCACAGCGCUCGGCCGAGCUCUUCUACGUGCAGAUUUACUCUGAAUGUUUACGCGGUGAACGUGUCGUAGGAAUCUUUACUUUUCUUAAAUGGCAGUGAGACAGAAUCGAUCCAGGAGAAGCACAAACCUGCACCUAGAAUGGUUCCAACAGCUGAGAAUAACAAUCCUGAGGACACCACCCGGAUGAGUCUUCCUGAUUCAGAAGAAGGUGUCAGCGUCUCAUUUAUCUCCUGCCUUUGGUCUGCGUGAAGUGAGACUAGCGAGAGCAAAGGCAGGACGACACGCGAGACGCUCGGCACGGUGUGAAUUUACUGACAAUCCGAAUGUGAAAGCAGCUUUGCUUCUGUGGCUGGGUACACUCGCAACGCUCUCAUUUCUAAAAUGGGAAUCGUCGAGCAAAACUAUCAUUUUUCCCAACUUAAAUCCGCUUUUCCACAUCUUCUGACCCCCGGCUGGAACAGGAGGAGGUCAACGCUGUGAAUGACCACACACACGGUCGGCUGUCUCCGCCUCUUCUACAUGAGUUGAUCUAACUUUCAGCUGUGCAGGUGUGUGUGCUGACUGGGUCUGCUCUGCUGCACCUGUUGGGGUGUAAAGCACUGCGCUAUCUUGUCACUUCAGUACACAGCGAAUAGCAAAAAGUUCUAAUCGGCUUGAAAAACACGAGCUGGAUGAAAUAAUGUGGCUGUAGAGCACAUCUGAGUGAAACCAGCCCCUCUAAUGUUAACUCCCUGAUGUAAGUCAUCAAUAUUGGUUACUAAUUAAAGGAAAAUGAUGCUCUAAUAGUAAUGAUGGUACACUGUGGACACAGCAGAGCAUGUGCUAAUGAUUGAUUCUCUUUAUCUUUCUGUUAAUGCAUUACUAUCAGGAAUGCUUCCUGCAGCCACCAAGGGCCUGAAAACACGUACUGUUAAAUCCUGAACUUACUUUCAAAUGUUCUAAUACUACAAGUAGUUUAAUAUAUCUGUAUUUAGUUUAUCUAACUGUGUAUUGCACAUUAACAACCAAAGAGUCUGUUCCAGAUGAGCAGGAUAAAACUGUGCCAUUUCGUUUCAGUGCAUCCUGCUUUGUUUCAGAUCACUUUAUGGAAGCCAGAGUGUGACCCCGUGUUAAAUAUUUACCCAUGCCAGAUGUUUAUGCCACUAUAAUGCACGCAGCCAGUAGUGAAGAGGCCAUUAUUAUUAUCAAAGGUUAGACCUUGUAGCGAUGAUUGAACUGUUACUGAAAGUGCUUGAUGAAAUAAAUACGUGUGCCAUAUU